GGAGCUGUGUUUUUAGCAACUUCAGAGGGAGCGAAGGAGGCUGAGAAGGGGAGGGAAGAAAGUUUGUUUCCCCCCCGACGUCAGCGCCGGGCGGGCCGGGGCGGCCGCAGAGCGAGGAGGCGGCGGCUAGCGGGGCAAAGCGUGGGGCGGCCGGGGCGCGCUCGCUCCGACCCGCGCCGGCGACCCCCGCCUCGGACCGCGCCGGCGACCCGCGCCUGCUGCCCCGGGCCGCUCGCGGGCAUGGACAGCGCCGCCACCGCUGCCUUCACCCUGGACAAGCCAGCGCUGGGCCCGGGGCCGCCGCCGCCGCCGCCGGCGCUGGGGCCCGGCGACUGCGCCCAGGCGCGCAAGAACUUCACCGUGAGCCACCUCCUGGACCUGGAGGAGGUGGCGGCGGCCGGGCGGCUUGCGGCGCGUCCCGCCGCCAGGGCCGAGACGCGGGAGGGCGCGGCGCGGGACCCGUCCGGGGGCAGCAGCGGCAGCGAGGCGACGCCGCAGGACGGUGAGUGCCCCAGCCCGGGACGCGGCGGCGCCGCCAAGCGGAAGAAGAAGCAGCGGCGAAAUCGCACCACGUUCAACAGCAGCCAGCUGCAGGCGCUGGAGCGCGUGUUCGAGCGCACGCACUACCCCGACGCCUUCGUGCGGGAGGAGCUGGCCCGGCGAGUCAACCUCAGUGAGGCGCGCGUCCAGGUCUGGUUCCAGAACCGUCGUGCCAAAUUCCGCCGGAAUGAGCGAGCCAUGCUGGCCAGCCGCUCCGCCUCACUCCUCAAGUCCUACAGCCAGGAGGCUGCCAUCGAGCAGCCCGUGGCUCCCCGGCCCACCGCCCUGAGUCCAGAUUAUCUCUCCUGGACAGCCUCAUCUCCUUACAGCACGGUGCCACCCUACAGCCCUGGAGGCUCUGGCCCCGCAACCCCAGGGGUCAACAUGGCCAACAGCAUCGCCAGCCUCCGUCUCAAGGCCAAGGAGUUCAGCCUGCAUCACAGCCAGGUGCCCACGGUGAACUGACAGCCGGCCUGCAGGGACCCAGCUGCUUCUUUUGUCCAACAACAGAAGGGAGGGCAGACACACAGGAAUGUGACCUUCUCCUGUCCCCUGUCCCUGGGACAGGCUGGUUGGGCUGUCUUGGCCUCUCUCUCCAGCCUGGACUCCUGACCCCGAGAGGCUGCUGAGGCGCCUGGAGCCCGGCUCAGCUCCUUUAUCCACGACCAGCCCCAACUGCGGCCCCAUGACCGUUGGAGGGUUUGGGCCGAAGGCGGAGCAGGAGCUCGCCAAGGACCUCAUUUACUUUGUGUAUUAAAACCAAAAAGCUUUUGUCUUUAAAAAAUAAAA